UAUCUCAACUGUCAAAAUGGAACUAGACAUCCAGUGUGAAGAGAUGAGCCCAUCUAGAUGGGCUGAACUUCUGUCCACCAUGAAAUCCUGCAAGUCCAUCAGGCUGGAUGACUGCAACCUUUCCAGCAGUAACUGUGAGGAUCUCUCCUCCAUCAUCAACACGAACCCGUCUCUCACAGAGCUGAAGCUGAACAACAACGAGCUGGGAGACGCAGGCAUUGAACACCUGUGUAAAGGGUUGCUGAUGCCGAGCUGCAGCCUGCAGAAGUUAUGGCUCCAAAACUGCAGUCUGACGAGUGCCAGCUGUGAGACCCUCCGCUCCAUCCUCAGCGCACAGCCGUCCCUGACGGAGCUGCACGUAGGCGAUAACAAACUGGGAACUGCUGGGGUGAAGGUGCUGUGUCAAGGGAUGAUGAACCCCAACUGUAAGCUGCAGAAGCUGCAGCUGGAGUACUGCGAACUCACAGCUGAUAUUGUGGAAGCUCUCAACGCCGCCCUGCAAAGCAAGCCCACCCUGAAGGAGCUCAGCCUGAGCAACAACACGCUGGGAGAUACAGCUGUAAGGCAGCUGUGCCGGGGACUGGCGGAGGCAAGCUGCAACCUCGAGUUACUACACCUGGAGAACUGCGGCAUAACCAGUGAGAGCUGCCGGGAGAUCAGCGCUGUGCUCAGUAACAAGGCGUCGCUGCUAGAUCUCUCCGUGGGGGAUAACAAGAUCGGGGACUCCGGCCUGGCUCUGCUGUGCCAAGGACUGAUGCAUCCCAACUGCAAGAUUCAGAAGCUCUGGUUGUGGGACUGUGAUCUCACGAGUGCUAGCUGUAAAGAUCUCUCCAGGCUCAUCAGCACGAAGGAGACCCUCGCAGAGAUCAGUCUGAUAGACAAUAACCUGAGAGACUCGGGGAUGGAAAUGCUGUGUCAGGCCCUCAAGGAUCCCAGAUCUAAACUCCAGGAGCUAUGGGUGCGGGAGUGCGGGCUCACCACCGCUUGCUGCAAGGCCGUCAGCUCCGCGCUCAGCGUGAACAAGCACCUCAAAGUGCUGCACAUGGGCGAGAACAAGUUGGGAGAUGCGGGUGUUGAACUCAUGUGCGAAGGGCUGCUGCACCCCAACUGCAACAUCCAGUCCCUGUGGCUGGGGAACUGCGAUCUGACGGCAGCCUGCUGUGCCACCCUGGCCACCGUCAUGGCCACCAAGCAGUGCCUUACCGAGCUGGACCUGAGCUACAACUCCCUGGACGACGAAGGCGUCAGGAGGAUCUGCGAAGCCUUGAGGAAUCCCAGCUGCAACGUGCAGCAGUUAAUUUUGUAUGACAUUUUCUGGAGUUCUGAAGUGGAUGAUGAACUGAGAGCCCUGGAAGAGUCCAAGCCUGAAGUGAAGAUCAUUUCAUGAGAGGUGACUGCCUGCAGAGCAACGGCAAAGCAACGUCCUCUUCUUAGUCUGAACUUUUUCAUAGAUCAAGCUAAUUAACUUAAUAGAGAAUGUGCUUGUACCAAAAACGUUUAUGGAUUCCCUGAGCGCGUGUCUGGGGAGCUGAUCAACCUUCUGUGCAUCUCUGGAUGUGCUAACUCUGAGGCUCAUGAAAGCGUUGUACAUUUUCGCUGCAGCAUUACUAUCCUUGAAAUAAACAAUUAUUUGGUAUCUUCUAGAAGUGAGUCCCUACCCUUCAGGAGCUCUUUAAUCCUAUAAUCCCUUCUAAC